AUGAUUAAGUUCCUUAUUCGGCUAGCGCUGCUCCCCUUGAAACUAGCGUGGCUCACCAUCCAAUACUACACCACGGGGACCUGUUUCGACAAUGAAAUCACCCGAAAGUCGCUUUGGCGGACGCUCAAUUGCGGCAUUUUCCAACACAUGGGCCCGGGGUUAAAUAUGACGGUGGCGCGGCCCCGAGAGUCAGUCCAGACAAUAAUCCGCCGAUUAGCUCCUAAAUGGUCGCUUCCAGGUAUCGGCCAGAUGUUCCCUUGUUCGACAAACGCCACCUGGCUCGCCCAGGGCCCCCAAUCGGAGUUGGCGGUGCUCUAUCUCCACGGCGGCUGUUUUGCCCUCCAGCUCCAAGACAGUGCUGUCGAGGCGAUGGCUAACCUUCAUUUAGCCAUGGCGAAGCUUUACAAUCGCCACAUCUCGGUGGUGGUGGCCGACUACGGCCUCACUAGUGAACACGUUACCUUCCCCACCCAGGGCGACCAGGUGGGCGCCGUGUACCGCCAAUUGCUCAAGGAUGGCUACCAAAACAUUGUGGUCAUGGGCGACUCCGCCGGAGGCAACUUAUCGUUGAUGCUUUUGCACUAUAUUGACCAGCAUAAGCUUAAGUGGCCCCGGGCGGUGGUGGCGAUCAGUCCGUGGCUCAACACGACGGAUAAACUGAUCAGGUCGCUGGCCCACUUGGGGAAGGACGUAUUCUCUUACGACAUGAUCGAUUAUUUCGGUGCUUACUACGCCAACGGCGCCGACGACGAGUUGCUUAAUCUUACCCACGCACCGUACUUGAAGAAGUACCCCCCGUUUGUCGACGGGAACGUGUAUUUCAUCUGUGGAGAGUAUGAAGUGUUGUUUGAUGAGAUUGCUGAGUUCAUUGGCACCUACGCCAAGGAGCACCCAGAUAACGUUCUCAUCGAUCCGAAGGGGGUUCACAUCGGCUGGUUCAUCAGCGAGACGUGUGCUUACGGCACUCUUGACACCUGGAUUCACAUGCCCACCUCUCAGCGCGUGUUGGCCUGGUUGAGUAAGAUCACGACCUAA